AUUUCACGUUUCACAACCGCCAUGUUUGUGGCGUUUUUUGUAGCGCGUAUGUGGUUGAUUUUGUGACGGUAUUACUACUUGGUGUUAUUAGCCGUGCUACUGUUCCAGCCAGUAUAAACUUCUUUAACUUCGAUGCAUCUUGUCACCACAAUCUUAUCUCCAUGAAGCGGGUUUUAGUAUCCAUGGAUUUAUUCGGUGAUCUUCCCGAACCAGAGAAUAAGCAGGCACCUGUGGUCACUUCCAAACCGCCGAAACAGUCGACACUCGGCAGUCUGACAAGUGGGAGAGACACACUAUUUUCCGAUCUCCCAUCCCCGUCGACAGACAAGCCGUCAUGUCCAGCAAAACGUCAGCACGAAACUGAAGAAGUGCCAAACAAAAAGCCAGCCCAGUCUGUAUAUACUCUUAUCGGUUAUGUGGCCGAAAGAAAAGGCGAAAGAGAAGAAAUGCAGGAUGCUCACGUUCUUGCUGACAGAUUCCACAUCCAAGUUCCUCAUCUGCACAGCUCAGUCAAACGCAUUGCCUAUUACGCAGUGUUUGAUGGGCACAACGGCAGUCGUGCAUCUCAGUAUGCCUCUCAGCAUCUGCAGCGACACUUGGCAGCCAAAUUUCCCAAGGGAGACAUGUCUCAAAUAGAAAAAGAAAUUAAGCGAAGCAUCGUGGAGAGCUUCAGAAAAACGGACGAGGAGUUCUUGCGGAAAGCGAGCAGCUGCAAGCCCUCCUGGAAAGAUGGCACUACUGCGGUGACCGUCCUGGCCAUCGACAACACCCUGUACAUCUCCAACCUCGGUGACAGCAAGGCGAUCCUGUGUCGACGGAAUGCGGAAUCCGGAAAGCACGUUGCCGUUCCGCUGACGAAGGACCACAAUCCGACGGAUUACGAGGAACGGAUGAGAAUUCAGAAGGCUGGAGGCAACGUCAGGGACGGGCGCGUCCUGGGGGUUCUGGAAGUGUCCCGCUCUCUCGGGGACGGCCAGUACAAGAGAUGCGGAGUCUCUAAUUUUCCCGACGUGGUGCGUUGCCAGCUCACUGACGCCGACAGGUUCCUGGUUGUCGCCUGUGACGGCCUCUGGAAAGUGUUCUCCUCGGACGAGGUCAUCAACACUGUGCUCAAGAUGCUCGAGUGCGAAAACGCUGGUGACAUGGACCCGAUGAAGAAGUUGGAACUGGGAUAUGAGGCAGCAUGCACCAAGCUCAUCAACGAAGCGGUGCGCAAGUUGAGUGGCGAUAAUGUCACGGUGGUUAUUGUCCAUGUUGGUACGGACAGCGCCACGUAGGAUGUGCCGCCAAGAUGAUUGUGAGAUGAGACGUCAGGUUUUGAGAUUGUCAUGUCUUGAAACCGAAACUUGAUACUUCUGGCCGGGUUUAUGUUCUUUAAAAAUGUGACACUCUGCAGCUUUGUAAAUUUUGUUUCCUUCGAAGUAAUAGGAUAACUUGACACGGAGGUUUAAAUUAACUGCCCUUACAAACUGUCAUUUCAUAGGUGGCAGCAGGUGUCACUGUCGUCUGCUAGCUCUCUUAGGUAAUAAGUCUCCUUCAAAUACUGCAUCCAAAUCGGAGAAGGGAAGAUUAUUUGUCGAUUCAGUCACUAAAAGUUGUGUUUGUCGAAAAAAUGUUAGGGAAGGGGCUAGCAAAUGAGAAGCAACUGUGCUGCCACCUGUGAGCUGAUAGUUACUGGAGAAGGUCUCUUGCCUCACAAAUUCCAUUGGGGAAUGCACCAUCUUGAUUGGCUCUCUUUUAAUUUAGCAUAACAGAAGGUCGCAAGCUCCGAAACAUCUAAGAUGUACACCUGUAUAAAACCAGGACCUGAUCAGUUUUAUGCUUAUUAGCUAAAAGCUCGCAUAACACUGUUACAUUUCUCUUUUUUUUUCUUUUUUUUUUCUGUUGCUGCACAUACUUUGUCACAUGAGGUUUGGUUCUAAGCUCUACAUUUUGGACAGGUUGUGCAUCGUUAUUUCAAAAUCAUGAUUUGAAUUAAAUUUUAUUUGGGUAAUGUUAACUACCGCUGCUGUAAGUUGAUGCUUGCAAACAUUGUGUUACCGGUUCUGCAGUAAUGCUUCUUUUUAUUGUGAGCCAUACGAUAUACCACUGAUGCUAAAAUGGCCAGAUUGCAAAUUACUCUGUACAGUACUGUUUGUCAGCUCUACUUUUAUGUUGACAACACUUUAAGCAUCUGUGUUUCUUGCCUAUAUUAGGUGGAAAUAAAAUGAAAGCUUGUUUCUGUGUA